GCCGUCGCGAGCGCCCCGGGAGGGUAGCGGGGCGGCGGCAUGGCUGGACGGCGGGCCGGAGCGGGGCCCGGGCCCCGGGCGCUGCUGGUGCCGCUGGCGCUGCUGACUCUGCGGGCGCUCGGGGCGGCGGGGCACCCGCAGUGCCUGGACUUCAGGCCGCCCUUCCGGCCGCCGCGGCCGCUGCGCUUCUGCUCGCAGUACUCGGCCUUCGGCUGCUGCGCGCCCGAGCAGGACGCCGCGCUGGCCGGCCGCUUCGGGGCCCUGGCGGCGCGCGUGGACGCCGGCCUGUGGGCCGCGUGCGCCGGCUACGCGCUCGACCUGCUGUGCCAGGAAUGCUCGCCCUACGCGGCCCACCUCUAUGAUGCCGAAGACCCGUCCACGCCCCUGCGGACGGUGCCCGGGCUCUGCGAGGACUACUGCCUGGACAUGUGGCAGACGUGCCGGGGCCUGUUCCGCCACCUGUCACCUGACCGUGAGCUCUGGGCGCUGGAGGGCAACCGUGCCAAGUUCUGCCGCUACCUGUCCCUGCAUGACACGGACUACUGCUUCCCACACCUGCUGGUCAACGAGAACCUCAACUCGAACCUGGGCCGCGUGGUGGCUGACGCCAAGGGCUGCCUGCAGCUGUGCCUGGAGGAGGUGGCCAACGGGCUGCGCAACCCCGUGGCCAUGGUCCACGCCCAGGACGGCACCCACCGCUUCUUCGUGGCCGAGCAGGUAGGGCUGGUGUGGGCCUACCUGCCCGACCGCUCGCGGGUGGAGAAGCCCUUCCUGAACCUCAGCCAGGCCGUGCUCACCUCGCCCUGGGAGGGCGACGAGCGGGGCUUCCUGGGUAUCGCCUUCCACCCCCGCUUCCGGCACAACGGCCAGCUCUUCGUCUACUACUCGGUGGGGGUCGACUUCCAGGAGUGGAUCCGCAUCAGCGAGUUCAGGGUCUCGGAGGACGACAUGAACACCGUGGACCACAGCUCUGAGAGGAUAAUCCUGGAGAUCGAAGAACCAGCCUCGAACCACAACGGGGGCCAGCUGCUCUUUGGGGACGAUGGGUACCUCUACAUCUUUACUGGAGAUGGCGGGAUGGCCGGAGACCCCUUUGGAAAGUUUGGGAAUGCCCAAAACAAGUCGGCGCUGCUGGGCAAGGUGCUGCGCAUCGACGUGGAGCGCAGUGAGCGCGGCCCGCCCUACCGCAUCCCGCCGGACAACCCGUUCGUGGGCGACCCCGCCGCGCGGCCCGAGGUCUACGCCCUGGGGGUGCGCAACAUGUGGCGCUGCUCCUUCGACCGCGGCGACCCGGUGUCCGGCGCGGGGCGCGGGCGCCUCUUCUGCGGCGACGUGGGCCAGAACAAGUUCGAGGAGGUGGACCUGGUGGAGCGCGGCCGCAACUAUGGCUGGCGCGCGCGCGAGGGCUUCGAGUGCUACGACCUCAAGCUGUGUGCCAACGCCUCCCUGGAUGAUGUGCUGCCCAUAUUCGCCUACCCGCACAAACUGGGCAAGUCGGUCACCGGGGGCUAUGUGUAUCGGGGCUGCGAGUACCCCAACCUGAACGGCCUCUACAUUUUCGGCGAUUUCAUGAGCGGGCGUCUGAUGUCCCUCCAAGAGAAUCGGGGGACAGGCCAGUGGCAGUACAACGAGCUCUGCAUGGGCCGUGGCCAGACCUGUGCGUUCCCAGGCCUCAUCAACAACUACCAUCCGCACAUCAUCUCCUUUGCAGAGGACGAGGCCGGGGAGCUGUACUUCAUGUCAACGAGCAUGCCGAGCGCCACAGCGGCACACGGGGUCAUCUACAAAAUAAGUGAUCCCUCCAGACGGGCACCCCCUGGCAAGUGUCAGAUCCAGCCUGCCCAGGUGAAGGUGAGGAGCCGCCUCAUCCACUUUGUGCCCAAAGAAAAGUUCAUCCGGAGGGCCGAGAGCACCCCGCGGCCCACAGCCGGAGCGCCCACCAAGGUGCCUCGCCGAGGCCGCCCCACGGCUCCUCGUCCCGUGCCCACCCCGCGCCCAACUCGGCCCACCCCGCGCCCGGCUCGGCCCACCCCGCACCCAGGGGGACGGAGGGUCAAUGGGCGGCGGGGCCGGCCGGGCAAGGAGAAGCCCUCGCCCUCGAAUGGCGCCGUGCGCCUGGUGCGGCCGGCGGGCCUGAGCGCGGGCCGCGGGCGGGUGGAGGUGUUCGCCGGCGGAAGAUGGGGCACUGUGUGUGACGACGGCUGGGACUUCAAGGCCGCCACCGUGGUGUGCCGCCAGCUGGGCUUUGCGCACGUCCUGCGGGCCACCAAGAGAGCCGAGUUCGGGGAGGGCCGCUCGCUGCCCAUCCUGCUGGACAACGUGCGCUGCGCCGGCCAGGAGAAAACCCUGCUGGAGUGCGAGCACGCCGGCCUGGGCACGCACAACUGUCGGCACGAGGAGGACGCGGGCGUCGUCUGCAGCCACCAGGACCCUGACCUGGAGCGACCGUGA